AAAUUUGGGAGGAAUAUUACAAUAUCAGCAAAAUAGCCACUUUACUGGGCAAACAUUAUCCAAGUUACACUGUAUAUAGGCUGAGUGGUAGUGUCUGGUCUAUAUUGGUAGUGUUGUCGACUGAGUGAAAUUAAUGGCAUCCACAAGCUCCAACUGAAACACUUGCCAGUGGGGAGUUGAUCAUUCUGAUGCACAGUACAGGAUCUGUUAGAAAGCCUUCACUCUCUGCAACAAUCUGAGUUUAGCAUAAUAUAUAGUUUGAUGAACCUGUACAACUAUGCAUGCAUGUGCAUGACUGAAAUAAGGGACAAGUUCGACCAUCGAACCACAUCAUCGAAUACAUUUCAAUCACAGAUACAGAAACCCUUACCGAGGAAAUCAAGUGCAUGGAGUCUAUAUAAUACACAGAGAGCACAGUUAGUGUAGUGGAGCCAUAUCUAGUCACACUGAUUGGGCAGGUGUGUGUUUUAUUGCAGUCACCGUAUAGCAGAUCACCAUCUAUAAUAAUAGCUAUAUAGGUUCGGAGUUGGUCCAGCAUUGGGAACAACUGCAGAGGGAAAAUAUCCGAACAAAUAAUUGAGUGCAUAUAGCUAGUAAUGUCAUGAAUAGAGAAGCAUUAAGUAUACAGCAAUCCAUAUAUAGCUAUUAUUCUAGCACCAUGCACAAAUUCCUAUAUUCCGGAGAUCAUCAGAUUCAUCGGCUCUGAAUAAUAUUUCUAACAUCUGUUACAUCUACAAUCUACGAACGGUCUUCAGUUUGACAAACACUCUUCACGAAUUAGCAAAAUUUAAUUAGUCAUUGUGUGGGUGUGUUACAAUGCUGAGGUCUGUAGUCAAAAAUAACACAACUUCUACUUGUUGUUUAGAUCUACAAUUGUCUCAUUUCAGUGCACAACUUAGUCAGCUAACCAAUUUGACUAGAUAGCUACAUCAAAUGGCUACUCAGGACUUCAAUACCUCAGCAGCCAAGGCUUUCCGUGAGCACUAUGACAAACUGGUGAAAUCCAUCCAAGAAGCAGACCUGCCUGUGCUGGGAGCUCAGUUCUUUAGUCGACAGAUAAUUUCCACGGAAACAAUGGAAAUGGUUGGAAAUGUGUCCACCUCGAGAGCUGUCAGGGUGUCCAAGUUGAUGCUAGCUGUGAUGACUCACCUGGACGUACAUCCAGACAAGUUUGAGAGUGCCUUGGAUGUCCUCAGAGAGGAGCUAGUUUAUGCUGAAUUUGCCAGUCUCAUUGCAUCGUCUAUUGGUAACAUUCUUACUGAUUCUCAACACUCCCCAACUGUGCUGAUGGCCUCACCAAAAACAGCUAUUGGUAAAUACGCUGACUACCUGAAAACAGUGUACCUUCGAUCAAAGCUCCCCGUCAAAGGAAAAUGGCCUCCUGCUCCCUGUAAGAAGAUCAUAAAGCUAGCUACUAUUGAAAUUGAAAAUAAUCGCUCACAUUUAGCAUUGUGUAAGCUAAAUAGGUCUGAGUCGAUUGAUGAGUACAUGCAAAACAAUAGCAUGGAUCCUAUUUCAAUGGAAGAGCUUUUAACCGAAAAAGACGGCUCACAGUCAAAAACUGUAAUCGUUCAAGGGGUCCCAGGAAUAGGCAAGUCGACUUUUGCAUGGAAGUUUUGUAGAAAGUGGGCUAAAGGGAAGAUCUAUCAGCAGUAUGAUCUGGUUGUUUUGUUGCGCAUGCGUGAUACAAGAGUGAGAGAAGCAACCAAACUCAGCAAUCUCUUCUUCUCAGAAAAUGCCGACUUUUCGAAUGAAGUAGCAAUGCUAGCAGUUUCUAAUGGUGGAAAACGCAUUCUCCUUUUGAUGGAAGGAAUAGACGAACUUCCUGCUUCUUGUUUAGCUGAUGGCAUGCCUCUUUCUAACUUGCUUCAAGGUGAUUCCCUUCCCCUAGUUACCAUCAUAGUAACCAGUAGACCCUGGGCUGUGCAGACACUAGAAGAAAAAUGUGGAGAUCAGAUUUCUCGACAGGUGGAAAUCUUGGGCUUCACAAGAGAAGACAUCCUGAGGUACAUUUCAUAUGCUUUCACUGAGGAGGGAAAAACAGAGUUCUUAGAGUACCUCCGCUCCCACCCUCAGCUGGAGUCCAUCAUGCACAUCCCACUGAAUGCUGCCUUUGUUGUUCAGAUCUACAAGCAAUUUCAUCGUUCUCAGCAAGCUAUCCCUAGCACCUUGACCCAGCUCUACACAGCUCUUGUUGAGGGUCUCUUGCUCCGCUAUAUCAAGUCCGUUCCUGAGUUUGAUAAUCUCAAGGUUAUCAGUGUUUCAAGCUUACCAGAACCAGUACAAACACAUUUCCAUCAGCUUUGCCUACUAGCUUUCAUGAGCUUCACAAAGUUGACUGUUCAAGUCACAUUCACCGAUUCAGAAGCAGCUUUGUACGAGUGUUUUGAUUUCCUUGGUCUCAUGCAGUCCUCAACUGAACUUACCAUAAACACUAGUACCACUGUAUCACACAGCUUCCUCCAUUUCACAAUCCAGGAGUUCCUAGCAGCUUACCAUCUCUCUAAACAGCCAUCCCAAGUGCAGGAGUUGUUUUUGGAAGUUCACAGCAAAGAUCCACAAUUUUCAAUGCUAAUCACAUUUCUGGUUGGAUUGAACAGCAGCGUUCUGCAUUGUAAUAAACUGCCAGAGUCAGAAAUUCAAGAUCUGUCCACAUUUCACUUGCACUUGUUGUAUGAAACACAAUCCCCCAAGGAUGUAUGCAAGUUCUUAGGAAAUAUGAUCGUGAAACAUUAUCCUGCCCUAACAAGUACAUCACUUGACCUACAUGUAUUAUCGUAUUGUCUUUGCUCUAGCAACUGUCGUUGGUCCUUAAGAAUAAGCCUGAGAAACUUCUCAUCACUCUUUCGCAUCUCCGACGAGUUUUACAAGGGGAAAAUAAAAAGACUAGAAAUUAUUGAUGCUUCUCGGAGUAACCUUCAAUUGUUAUUUUCUCUUCCCAAGUGUCUCUUUUCAGACAUGUACAGACUUGUAAUUAGAUUUUGUGAACCUGUUGAAUCUGUAGUUGGAGACAUCUUAAGUGACGGCCGGUUAAUGAACUUGAAACAAUUUUCUUUUCAGAAUAAGACUCUUCAAUUAUCUUGUGAUUUAAGCUUGAUAAUGGAAAGUCUGUGUGCCUCUCAUCCUAAUCUUGUUCACAUAGGAGUAGUACGCACUGUCAUAUCAUCCUCUGGUAUGGCUGGAUUAUGUAAAUAUAUGAGUUCACGCUCUCAGCCUGGCUCACCUGAGCUUACACUGGCUCUUAUACACAACAGCAUUGAAACUGAAUCCCUUAAUUUGCUGAUUAGUACUGUUGCAUUUUCAAAGAUUCUUACUCAUUUGGAUAUUUCUUUGAACCAUCUCUCAGUAGAAGAAUUAGAAAUGCUUUCUGUUGCUCUUUCUGCAAAUUUAUCUUUGAAAACGUUAGGGAUGGAUAGUUGUUCAAUCGAUGGUGAAGGAGCUGAAUUAUUAUCCACUGGACUGGAGGAGAAUCAAACUCUCCUCGGAUUAGAUCUUCGCAAUAAUCCCAUCAAUGUGAAUGGAGCUGCUGCCCUGGCUUCGAUGCUUACUGUGAACACUUCAUUACAAAUACUUUACCUUUCACACAACGAGCAAAUUGGUCAUAUGGGAGCUCUAAGACUGAUCAGUGCACUACAAGAAGAUGACAACAAGACUCUUGCAACACUUUGCCUCCCUGCAGAAUGUGAACCAAUUGAAUAUGGAUCGAUCUUGAUGGACGAUAUACGAAAAAGUGGUCGCAUAGAAUUCGUCGAGAAAACCAGCUCAGCAUCGAACACAAUAGCACACAAGUUUACACCAUUAGAGAUAUGGCCUUUUAAGUAGUUUCAUGCUGUAUGUAAUAGUGAACACUCGCACACACCAUUCACAUUGAUUUUGUAUUACAGUUUAAUGAUAUUUACCACUUAGUCAUUUAUGGUGGCACGUAUCAUAACAUUAAUAGGAUGCAAGGUUCGAAGUUGGUCCGGCAUUGCAUGGGAAUAACGCAAUCAAGUAGUUAAAGUGCGUAGCUGGUAAUGUUAUGCAGAACAGAAACGAAGAUGAAAUAAACAUACAAUCCAUAUAAAGCUAUACUAUUCUAGUUAAGGGCAUGCAUUCAAACGUAUGCUGGAGUGUAUACAUGUAUUGCACAGGACCCAGAUUCAUCGCCUCAGUUAGUCUAGAAUCUAGAAUCGUUAUAGUCAAUCUAUAGAUAAUUUUUUUCAACUGAAUCUAAGCUAGUCAGUUCGUGGGUGUGCAUGUAGCAGGAAAUGAGCUUUAAUUUCCCUUGUUAGCAAUAGCUGCAUGAGAUCUGUGGUUAUGACAACUUUUUGUACAGUUGAUGUUAGUCUACAAGGCUUGUGUCAUGUAUUUGUGCUAAUCAAACUCUCUUGUCUAAUUAUUAGCUCACAUAAGCAUUGUAUGAAAUAGUUGUGUAUCUACAUUGUAGUAUUGCAGUGUUUGGUGGCUUACCAGGACCUCAUGAAAAGAGUGAAAAGAAGUAUUCAGUUUGAAUCUCGUGGAAUUGAAUGCGCAUGCUGUUGUCUUUACGAGAACUCUAACCUAUUUGGAGAUUUCCCAAACCCAACUUGAAUGUUGCUCUUUCUGCUAAUUCAUCUUCAGAAUGACCAACUAUUCAAUCGAUGGUGAAGGAGCUGAAUUACUAUCCACUGGACUGGAGGAGAAUCGAACUCUCCUCAGAUUGGAUCUUCG